UGAAUAUUUAUGUCGAUGUUUUGAGUGUCAUCGUUGUAAGCUGAAACCAAGAGAAAAAAAAGAACAAAAUAUAAGUUUGAAUAAGACGACGAGGCUGAAUUAUUACAUUCCCCGAUUCCAACUAAGGUUAAAAUCGACACUCGACCCACUCAAGCGCAAGAACCCAGAACAAUGUCCUCGCCAACAAAAACGCAGUAAAAAGCAACUCACAGUAAAAAGCAACUCGCCAGCAAAUAAAAUAAUAUAAUCGAUCGCCCAAAGGGAACUGAAGACUGCGAUAAAAAGCGAAAAAAAGUUUUUGCGAGAUAAGAGUGCCAUGACGCCGUGUUAAACUUGAAUCAGCUGACUUUGACAGCUUAAGAUAGAAAACGGGAAAUUAUUUCAACGCCAAUAAACUCCACGGGCUUCGGACCGACGAUUUCGUAAGACUCAUGGCUCCGGGGAUAGCGUGGCACAUAGACCAUCCCGUUAGAGUGAAUUCACCCGCAGACAAAGCAGGAACCAUGAUAACGGCAGGCGACGGGGUAGGGGUGUGGACUGAGAGCCAGAUGGCCGUCACCAUGGUCGCUAUCUUUGGCGGCGUGGGCGUGGCCGUCGUGGUGGUCAUCGCGGGCGUGUGGGCGGCCAGGCGGUGGGUGGACAGGAAGAAUAACGAAGAACGACAGCAGAUUCUCCUGUGGCCGGGCGCGGGCGUGCAGCCUCACAGUUUCCACAGGAAACUACAGUACCCUAUAAGGACACGCGAGAUCCAAUUCACCCUGCCCCCUAGCCUGGCGCCCCUGGGGGGCCCCGGUGGAGUGGACGACGAUGCUGGAGGGAGUGAGGGAGGGGGGGAUAUCCCCCCUCUCCAUGCUAGUGUGGCAUCCUUAGCUGGAGCAAGUGGCGGAAGCAGCGGGUCCUCGUCAACGCAGGACUUCGCGUCACCUUCCUCUUCUUCCUUGGCUUCUCUGGGAUCCCUGGACACCACAGGGACUCAGGCGAACGCUACGGACAACCGUAGGAGCUCCAUCACCGACCUACGAAGGCGCUCGCUGCAAGUUUAUAUGAAGUACAAGAGAAGUUCAUCUUGCAUGGCAAUCCAUACUCUAGAUGGGUCAACUGCCAACCAAGGCUACAGCUUGGGCACACUGAACCCCGAGCUCUACAGGAUCCCCGACCACUUGGACGACCCUGGCACCUACCCUCCCGGGCAUCUGGGUCGGGUAUUCCUGACCCUCCACUACCACAGCAACACGGAGAAGCUUCAGGUGGGACUCCUCAGGAUCAAGAACUUGCCGUCUCGAACGUUUGGGUCGACCAACGCCUGCGAUCCUUACGUCAGGCUGAGCGUACUACCUGAUGAGCGCCGCUACCUGCAGACAAAGAUGAAGAAGAAGACUUGCAACCCCGUAUUUGACGAACAUUUCGGAUUUCACAUCCCCCUUCGGUGCGUGGAGGAACGGACUCUGCGAGUGAGCGUUUUCGACGGUGGACGCCACAAACGCCAGCCGGCCAUCGGUCACGUGGCUUUCACCCUGGCCCAGGUUUUAGCUGACUCAGCAGCUGCUGUCGCCUCUCCUACACCCAAUACCAACAACGUCCUCGUCCGAGAUUUAACACGGGAAGAAGAAUGCGCCACAUCUUCGGAAUUAGGGGAGGUGUUGGUUUCCCUGACUUACAAUGAUCACCUCCAUCGUCUCACUAUUACUGUCUUCCAAGCUAAAGGAAUCAAGGUGAACGAAGGAGAGACAGUCUCCUACAUGAAGGUGUCACUGAUGAACCAAAGGCGCGCAGUGAAGACCAAGAAAACGGCAGUGGUAGCCGCAGGGGAGGAACCUCAAUACAACGAGUCCUUCCACUUCAGACCCCCUCCAGAAAUGGAUGGGGUCCACCUCUCACUCCAGUUGCAUCUAGCAGCCAACUCGAAUGCCAAAGGUCGCGUGUUGGGCCGGGUCGUCAUCGGGUCCUUCAUGUUCGCGAGAGGCCGGGCGCUGAACCACUGGAACGAAGUGUUGUCGACUCCCAAAGAGGCCAUUCAGUAUUGGCAUCCUCUCACAGAGUAAUCCUCUGAUAAGCCUCUCCUUCGUACAGAGAAGACACUUACCUCUCCCCCAAUCUUCGUAACCACUCGCACAGCAAAGCCUACGCUUCUGUUAUAUGAGUCGAUGCUAGUCUCUUCUUGUAAGCAACUGGAAAAUGGGAAGUCAAAGUGACGAGACAUGAAUAUCUGAUGGAAAUGAUUACUCAUUACAGUCUACACGGUUCUACCUGUUAAUCAUAUCAUAUGUAUUAUCAUCCUCCUUGUGUUAAGCAGGUAAACAGCUGGGACUGGGUGAUUAUUUUGAGCCAAGGGCUAUAAUUCCUCAGUAGUGGUUGAUUAACUAGUCACUACCUGAUCUCAUUACUUGUUAAGUGAUACUGUUGUAUUUUUUUUUUCAUUUUUUCAAAUGAAGUUUGAACCCCAUUCUGUAGGUUUCAGUAUUGUUCUAGAUGUGGAUCAUUCAUCUUGUAGUACAGUAUGAUUGUUUGUUUUAGAUCAAAGGAAGAUUUUUUGGGCCAUUCUUAGUCCUGCAGGAAUUGCAAGAGUUCUGGUCCCUGUCCCUAGAUGACCUGAAUUUAGUUAAAUGGCUUAGUCCAUGAGUUUUAAUAUAUACACAGCUGAAUCUCAUUUGUUUUCAGUAUAACAGUCACUGAGCCACUCGAAUCAUGAUCAGCUGUUUACCUCAGAAAAAUAAGGAAGAUUGUUUAGGUAUAAGUAAGGCUUAGUAAACAUGUCUAUGUAGUGGACUCGCUGCAUGAUAGUUGCUUGCCUACAUAACAACCUGUAUUCCUUUGGAGCCUCCUCCAGUCCAUCAAUUGUUCCUUUCAUUCUGCAUCUGAGGCAGCCAGAGAGUUGAACGUUACACCUAGGUCAUCGAGAGAAGCCAUCCUUCGAUAGCAAUGUAGAGCAAACUAGAGAUAGCGCAGAUGUAGUGAAAAAAUAACAAAAAAGAAUAUCCUGAGAUAUACUCAGUGAUGACUCACAUCAUAGGCAGAGAUAUGUAAACCCCCCUUCCCUCCCUCUCUCCCUCCCUUGAACUUAAACGUAAACAAGAACAUAGAUAUUGUUCAGUAGGUGAUAAAGUAUACUCAUGUCAGAGUGGUGUGUGUAGAUGUGUAGAAGUUUUAGUUUUUAUUGUAGGGACAAAGUGUAGAGCUUCUAGGUUAAUGAGUUUGAGAGACAGAUUUCAAUUAUUCACUCAAGUAACAGGGCCGUUAAAGCAUUUGUUUUUUUUAGCUUUUUUCAUCCAUUUCAGGGCUAAAAGGCUUUCUAGAGCUACAGCUGCAUUGUAGAGCAUGUAUCAUAGAGGUUAAAAUUCAAAUUUAGCUCUGUGGAUGCAUUUCAAAACUGCUGAUGCAUUCCCAAAGAUAAGUGCAUUCUUAUACGUUUGUCAUUGCAUCUACAGAGCUAUUGAUAUAUUUCUAGAGUCACUGAUGCAUUCUAGAGCUAUCAAUGCAUGUUGAACUACUCUUGCAUUUAAAAACUACAAAAGCACUUUUAGAGCUAUACUUAGGGCUGGUUAUACAGUUAUCUUAGGCAGGAAGUUCAGCACUUGGAGGAUGGACGAAGGAAGUCUUUAGCAUAAAUAUAAAAGUAUGCUAUUAUGUGAAGUUGAACAAUAGAAACCAGUAGCAAAUCGUAGAGAAACUUAGGUGCAAUAACUAACAAUACAGCCGUAUCAGUACUUUGCUUAACCACUCAGCCUAGUGUGAUGCUCAGGUAACUGUGACUCAUCCUCGAGAGAGGUUCAAGUCACGGAGUGCUGGUGAUCACACUUGGCUGUGUUUCGACAUAUCUUGCACAGAGUUGCAUAGUUGUACAAAAGCCGUAACAAGGUAGCUCUUAGGCCUUCUUUGAAUUGUGUUUUAUUUCUUGAUAAUCACCAACGAGUCAUUCCCGUGAUCACAAGGUGGUGGCUGGCAUCUUUUGAACAGAUAUCAACCGCAGUAAGCGCACGAUUGAAUAUCUGUUUUAUAUUUAUACAGUACACACUUCAUAUACUCAUAAGUUCUAGAUGAAUUGCAUAAUUACUGUAGGGUAUGUAUUGUGUGUAGUUGUAUACGUUAAAAUACAUACAUGUGAUCAGUAUAUGUAUGUGAUUAAGAUAAAGACCUCAGCCUACAGGUAAAAAUGGCUACUUUUGUUACCAUCAUGAUUAUAUAAGCACUGGAUAUGGAAUAUAUUCUCUGUCUGUUAGUCUGCCAUAUCAGAAUCUCUCCUGAGUAUGUGGUCAGCUCAAAAACCUUCACAAUAACUAAAUAUGGCUUCAGUCAAACUUCAAGUCUUGUAUAUUUUGAGGGUGACAAAAAGAGGUCUUGGAGCAGGGAGUAACUCGUCUGGUUCUUUUACAUCUGAACAAAUAUAUUAUAUAUAUAAUAUAGAUACAUUAUGAUAUAUUCAGAGUCUCGUCGUGCAUCUGGUAUUCGCAGAUACAUAGGAAAUUGUCGCCUUAUCUGUAAUAUCUUAAUCUUUUGUGGGCAUCUGAGCGGGAAACGGUUUACAUGUUACUGGAGUUUAAAAUCUUUAAAAGGGAUUAGGUUGCUUAAAAAUAUUUACCUGGCUGGAAAUACGUAUCACCAUGUAAGCCGGAUUCCGCUUAGCAAAAGUAUUACUAUUAUAUGUCAGCUGUGAAUGAAACGGUACAUGGAUGAUGUCAAGUUAUGUUAAAGAAUGAACUUCCUUUUAAUUAUACCUUUCGCAAAAAAAAGGCUACUCAACGAUCACGGUCCAUUCUUGUACUGUUUCAGAAACGGUGACAUCCACUGAUUUGUAUGAGAGCGAAAAGCUUUUUUUUUUCUCCUGAAUCGUAUGAAUGCACUGUGCAGGAAUCCAUAUGUGCUUGCUUUAGCAGACGAUAGUACAUUUGUGUUAUAUAUUUUUUUAGGGAGUGCUGCAGUGCGGUAAUAUUACACACACAAUAGAUCAAAUUCUAGUUGGAAGUGGCAGUCAGGGCAGAGUACCUCUCGGAAUCUACUUCACAGAAGUCUCCUGAAUUCAUUCUUCAGAUGCAGAUUCUGUGUCGACAGUGAGACACAUUCAAAUGGCUUGUUUUAAACUUGACUAGAAGCUGUCCCUCAACUUUUAUUUAGGCAAACUCAAACUCAAAUGAAAGAACUGAUUUGAGAUCUAACUACUUGGAGUGAGAGUUUGACAUAGAAAUUUUUAUGAUGAUGAUGGCCCACUUUCAGUCUUUCAGUUAGCUUUUCUUAAAUAUUCCCAUUUCUAGUUUUCAACUCUUCAGCAGUGGCCCUUUUUUUUUUUCUUAAGAAUGAAGGUAUAUAAGUAAAAAACUUGGGACUAUGCAGCCUUAACAUGCAUUUGUACUGGAAAGAAUUUCAAAUUUCUUGACUGUAUUUUGUUUAAGAAAGAUUCUUAGAUCAAAGGUACCACCUUCUUGAAGUUCGUACGAGGGGCUUUAUACAAUAGCUCCCAACUUCCCGAAAUUUAUUAAGAGGGAUGUUAUAUAUUUACGUAACACUUCACAUUCCUGCUCAUACAGAGACACUGAAAGAGUAACUUUUGUCAUACUGAUUCUUAUAGGUAAAUACCCAAGGUGACAAGCUCCUACACUGCAUUUGCUUUCUUCCCUUCAUAUUUCAGAAACUGAAUCUCUCUGUGAUGUAGAUUCUCUGACAAUUCAGCCAUUGAUGCCUUACAAUAACUAUUAAUUUUAUGUAGAAGAUGCAAACUAAUAUUACACCUAUGUUUUGUGCAUGUGUGUGUGCAUGUGUGUGUGUGUGUGUGUGUGUGGCUGUAGAGUAAUGGAAGAUGUACAUCUGUAAGUGUGCAUGCAUUUGACAAACAGUAUUAUACCCUGACGUGAUAGAGCUUGUUCCAAACGUAGAGUUGUGACUGAUUUAGAUUAUAUAACAUUGUCACUCAUGAGGUAGUAGUCAUUCAGGAGUCGACACGAAUAAAAAAACAAAUAAAAAAUACAAUAACAAAGACAGUUACAUGAUAUUACUAGUCUGUAUGGCGCAUACAUAAUAAGUGUAGUAUUAUGUAAAUAGAAUAUAAGGUAAAGGAGUCGUUUUCUUUUGUCACUUUCAGAUUAGAUGUGAAAUUCUAGUUUGUUUUUUGUUGACAAAACAGUUUGAGAAUUAUUUAUUAGAUUGAUUAAUAUUACUGAGACAAGUGUGCUGGUUCUGUAUAUUAUUUGAUGCAAUUAGUAUUAUUGUUAUGAUUAUCAAUAUCAUGAUUAUUUAUAUAUCAUUGUAGAAUUGUCUUCAUGGUGAUGUAAUUCGGUUUAGUGUUUUUAAAUUCACUAUUAAGGUUCAUUAUACAUCCUUAUCAUCAUUUCAGUUCACCAAAUAUCAUUCCUUUUCAUGUUGAUUAUUGUUUUACUUAACUUGAUACUACAGUAAGAGUGAUCAGUUCAGUCAUUACAACAUGUAAAUACAUUUAGCUUUACGAUUAUCUCAUGGUUGUAUCAGAAAGCAUAUAGAAGAUAUAAUAUGAUAUACUACAUACUAAUCAAGUAUCAGCAAAGUUUACAAAGUACGACAUAGAGUAUAUUAUUCUAAAGAAA